AUGUAUGCUUCCCUUUCUCUCUUGAGUGCAGUGUUUGCACUACGUGGUGCCUACGCUGCGAUUUACACUGAUCCAUCUCAGUUACCCAGUCGAGAGUACGACUAUGUCAUCGUUGGUGCUGGUCCUGGUGGGAGCGUCGUGGCUCGCCGACUCGCGGAGAGCUCUACCACAAACGUAUUAAUCAUAGAAGCUGGAGGGCUCCCGGAUGACAUUGAAGACGUCGCCAUUCCUUUCUUGAGCGAAACUCUGACUCCAAAUCAGCCUUGGGAUUGGAAUUACGUGACCACUCCGCAACCAGGGCUGAACGGUCGUAGCAUCGACUAUCCUCGUGGGAAACUCCUUGGGGGUUCUUCCUGUGUCAACGAUCAGGCCUGGACUAGAGGAUCGAAGGACGACUUUGACCGUUACGCGCGGGUCACUGGCGAUGAUGGUUGGUCGUGGGACGCUCUUCAACCUUUCAUUCACGGAAUCGAGCAGCUUGUCCCUCCCGCUGAUGGACAUAAUACCGCUGGAGAGGUCAUACCUUCUAUUCACGGAACGAAUGGUCUAGUUGGCAUCAGCGUCCAAGGGUUGCUGCCGAAUCUCGAUGGCAGAAUUUUCAACACUACCUCUGAGCUUAGCGAGUUUCCCUUCAACGAGGACAUGAACUCCGGAGACACCAUUGGAAUUAGUUGGGGUCAAUACGCCAUUCGGAACGGCUCGAGACAGGAUGCAGCCAACACUUACCUCGAACCGGCCUCGAACUGGGACAAUCUUGACGUGCUCAUCAAUACACAGGUUACGAAGGUUUUUAAGAUCGGUGAGGAAAGCGGAGUUCCUGUCAUCCGCGGUGUUCAGUUCGCGCUGAACUCGACUAGCAGUGUCUACGCUGUCAAUGCAACAAAGGAAGUCAUCCUGUCUGCCGGCGCCAUCAACACGCCACAAAUUCUCCUCCUCUCAGGCCUGGGCCCCACAGCCAACCUCUCCUCACUCAACAUCUCCGCCGUCGUUGACCUUCCCUUCGUCGGUUCCAACCUACAGGACCACGUCUUCCUCCCCAACACCUGGCAAGUCAACUCGAAUCUCACAUACGACGACGUCAACCGCAACCAAACCCUCUUCAACGAAGAUUUAGCCCAGUGGCGAAACAACAGGACAGGUUUGUUCGCUGCGGCGAGCUCGGCAGAAAUUGGGUGGUUGAGAUUGCCCGAGGAUGAUCCUAUCUUUGAGACCGUGCAGGAUCCGAGUGCGGGGAAGUUGAGUGCACAUUAUGAGUUCAUUUUCAUAGAUGGCUUUCUGGGCACUCCUCCAGCAACGGGAAACUUCCUGAGUAUCGCGACCAAUGUGGUCUCUCCGACGUCUCGUGGCACCGUGACUAUAAACUCUACAAAUCCCUUCGACUUUCCGCUUAUUGACCCUGGGCUCCUGAAUUCCGACUUCGACAUCCACACUAUAGUCGAAGCUAUCAAGGCUGCCCGGCGUUUCGUCGGCUCUCCAGCUUUCAGCAACUACAUCGUCGACACGGUCAUCCCUGCAAAUGCUACGACAGACGACGAACUCGCCCAAUUCGCGCGCGACAACGCCGGAACGGUCUUCCACCCCACCGGCACCACUGCGAUGUCCGCAUGGAAUGAUACCUCCAGUGGCGUCGUCAACCCCGAUUUGACGGUCAAGGGUGUGAAGGGCCUGAGAAUCAUCGAUGCAGGUAUUCUUCCGUUCGUGCCGGCAGCACACACCCAAGCUUCGGUCUACAUUAUCGCCGAGAGGGCGGCGGCGCUCAUCAAAGCCGCUGCGAGUUCUUGA